UGUUUAAUGUAAAUGGUCAGUCAUUAUUGCGGAUUUAAAGCGAGUAAUAUGGGCAGCGGAUCACUUUUCACUGUUUUAACAUUUCUGAUACUACUUACCACAAGUGUGUCAUUUGAAUAUAAUCACCUUUUAUAUCGUUCAAUUAGAGGUGUAAAAGAAAAACCGCACAUUCCAACUAACACUAUUAUUAUCGAAACUCAUAUAUCAAAAUCGUCUGAUAUACGAUCCGAAAAGUUGACUGAAACGUUGUGGCGCACAUUUAUUGAAUUCGAAGCGCUUCUCGAAAACAUUGUCCAAAACAUUGCUGUAAAUGUACCUAAAAUAUCGAGUGAUACUGAUAUCUUCUUGGGCAAACUUAGAAACUACACUAUAUACGCUGUGGACAUUUUUAGCAAUAAGGUUAUUAAUACGGCAGAUCAAUUGUUGAAGGGAAUGUUUGAAGAUGUGGAGCAUCAAUUGGACGUAGUUAAAGUUGAAUUUAAAAAUUUGGCUUUAAGUGUUGACGAGCAUUUCGAGUGGGCUGUUAAUCAAUUGAACGAAACCUUGAUGAACAAUACAGAAGAAUAUGAUUGGUGGACGGCUCACAUAAAGUAUAAGUUGCGUUCCGUAAACGAUUCCCAGCUUUAUAAGGAAGGCUGCAAAGUCAUUGAUGAGUUUAUACAACAUAGUAAUGAUGAACUGCAAAAUUGCUGCAAAAUAUCUAUGAAACCCCUAAAAACCCUGUGUAAAGAUGCUAGUUCCCUUCUAACGGAGUCGUUGAACAUAAUAGUUGAUGUUAUAGAUCGCAUUCAAACAUGUCUCGAAGACAGCGGCUCUUAUACCAACUACCUAGUUCCCUGUAUCAAUGUAGCCUACGACAAUAUAAGCAAUAUUGUGAUCAGGACAAUCCAACUGCGGCAUCUCAUUGAUAAUAUGUUACCUAUAAAAAUAAUUUACACCAAGAACUGCUUUGCCAUUGUUAUGAUUGAUAUGAAACGACAACGGGAUGAGAUAGAAACUAAUUUAUUUAAAUAGUAUAUUCAUAUAUCUGCAAUGAACUAAAUAAUAUAUUUUUAACCCACAUACAUUAAAAUCUACUAAAAAGAAAAACCCAAAAAUAAAAUAUUUUUUUUUUAAAU